GGGAGAACAGGAGUGGAGAGGACAAGGUAUAUAAGAAGAAUACAUACACGAACAGAAGAACAGACGAUACAAUGGCAAUUAUAAUGGAUGGUCCUGCUGGGAAGACGAGAAAACGAAAAUCAAAAUCUGAGCUUAAGUCGGAACAAAUUUCGAAUGGACAUUCCACCGCUUUGCUCAAAGUGAACGCUGUACCUACUGAGCAUGGGAAAGAGAUGGAUAAGAAAUUAGAUCAACAUGAGACGUUUGAAUUUGGAGGUCCGGUCGGUGUGACAGCUAUGAUGCUUUUGUUCCCCGUUCUGAUGUAUUAUCUCUGGAUAUGUUUAUGGUACUACAACGGCAAAUUUGUUCAUCCUACUUCUUUCGAUGAUAUCCGACCUUUCUUUCAACGAAUGGGACAACACAUUUACGAGGGUGCAUAUCCAACAAAAUUCGCUUGGGCAACAUAUCUCGGUCUUACCGUCAUUCAACUUUUCCUAGCCGCUAUCAUGCCCGGUGUCAUGCAAAACGGUCUUCCAGUACCUUCACUCAACUAUGCCGUCUUACCUUAUCUCUGUAACGCAUGUUGGUCAUGGUAUACCACCUUAAUACUCGCCUACGUAUUCCAUACCACCGGUUUCUUUCGUCUUCCUUGGAUAGUAGAAAAUUUCGGUCAUCUAAUGACGGUCGCCGUCCUCACUUCUUAUAUUUGUUCCGGAUUCAUGGACAUUUUCGCUAGGACGUUACAUUGGGGAGGGAAACCAUUACGUAUGUCAGGAGUAUGGGUUUAUGAUCAUUUUAUGGGUGUUUCGUUGAAUCCGAGAUUAGGACCGGUGGAUCUUAAAAUGUUUGCCGAAGUCAGAGUUCCAUGGGUUUUAUUAUUCCUCAUCGCUUUGAGUGGGACGGUAAAGCAAUAUGAGGAAUUGGGAAGAGUCACACCGAAUAUGUUGUUGUUUUUGACAGGAUCGGGAUUGUAUAUCAAUGCUUGUGCAAAAGCGGAACAUAUGAUUCCUCAGACUUGGGAUAUGUUUCAUGAGAAAUUCGGAUGGAUGUUAAUUUUUUGGAAUAUGGCGGGGGUCCCUUUCACCUAUUGCUACCCCGUCAUCGCCCUGGUUCGCGCACCUUCCAUGGAAUCUUACGAGCUUUCCCGUCCCUUGGCCGUUAUAUGUUUCAUCACCCUCUUCACCGCUUACUACAUCUUCGACUCAUGCAUGGCUCAAAAAUCCAACUUCAAAAUGCAACAGCAAGGCGACUAUCAUCGUCGGUACGCAUUCCCCGUCGUUCCCUGGUCUGUCGUAGAGAACCCCACGUACAUUCAGACGGCUCAUGGGAACAAACUUCUCACUUCAGGUUGGUGGGCUUAUGCAAGGAAGAUCAACUAUACGGCCGAUUGGGUACAGAGUUGCAUGUGGGCAAUAAGCGGGGGUUUCAUGACUCCCAUCACUUGGUUUUAUCCCGUGUUCUUCUUGGCAGUGUUGACACAUCGAUGUCAGAGGGACUUUGAGAAAUGCGCUAGGAAGUAUGGAGAAGAUUGGGAGAAGUAUUGCCAGGUGGUCAAGUGGAAGUUUAUUCCUGGUGUUUACUAG